AUGUGCACCGCAAGACGAGUCCCAUCAACUCAAGAUAUCGAUGGCCAACUCUGCUGCCUCUAUUACAGCCCGACCCUUUACCGGCAAGUCCCAAACUUCGAACCGCAAGACGGCGAUAUUAUUCAGGUUUCGUAUCCGAGAUCCGGGACACACUGGGUUCAGCAGAUCAUCCAGCUAAUUUUAUCUAGGGGAGAGUCGGUAAAAACCUUCGUGGAAUUCAUGGAGAGGGCACCUUUCCUCGAAGUCCAAGAACUGAAGGAAACUCAAUCAUUUCCCCGACUUCUAAGGACCCACUUCCCCAUGAACCAACUUUGGAUCAGCGAGAAGGCCAAAUACAUCUACGUGGCUCGCAACCCUUGGGACACUUGCGUCUCGUGCUACCAUCUGAUUCGUGACUGUCCACCAUGCAAAUUCGCGGAUGGAACCUUUGACGACUUUUUAGACGCCUUUAUAGACGCGCAGGUGGGCUUCGGUGACUACUUUGAUCACGUAAUCUCAGGCUACGACCACAGAAGGGAUCGGAACGUGUUUUUCGUCACGUACGAGGACCUCCAAAGAAACAAAGCGGAGGUUGUUCUCAGACUGGCCUACUUUUUGGGCGAAGACAACGGAAAAGCGCUGGAAGAAAACGAUGACGUGUUUCAGCGAGUUUUAGACAGAAGUACCGUAGGUUUCAUGAAGGACAUCUUGAGGACGAAUCCUAAGGAAGGCCUCAAGGUCCUUGCAAAGAACUCGCCACAUCUCCAGCCUGCCACUGUCAUUGAAAACCAGAAGUCUUGCGGGACGAGCGACGUUCACAUCAUCCGAAAAGGUAUCGUUGGAGAUUGGAAACAGCACUUCACUCCCGAAAACUUGGAGAAAAUGCGGGCUACCAUCAUCCAGCGGACUAAGGGAUCGGAUGUAAUGGAUCUUUGGAAACAUGACUGA